GUAGAUUUCAGGAUCUGCACAGUGCUGGAUAUAAAAAGCUACUGAUGACCUGAACUGGCAAUUUAACUGGAAUUUAACUUCAUUACAGCAAUGUCUACAAAUUACAAUGUCACUAACGUCGGUCCCAUCAAGACCCAGCCUCAAUGGCAUAGUGAUGGAAUGGCUACCCAUAGUUAUCAGCCAUGUGAACAAACGUUUGCUGUUGUGCCUCCAGGACUGGAGGGCCUUAUAGAGGUAGAAGAGUUUUUUUUAAGGAAACAAGUUUUUCAGACCAGUGGAGGGCAGAAUCUCUUCUCCAUAAUUCAAGACCCAGAAUGUUGUGGACCACCUCUAAACAUAUAUCUGAGAAACUUUCAAAGGAGGGAUGUUAUCAAGAUCCAUAUGGCAUCAUCGGAAAAUUGUUGUGGAGAUUAUUCACUUGUGCAGGUUGAAGCCCCACAAGGACAUCCUAUUGGUUAUAUUGAAUCAUGCUAUACUACAGGCACACCAAAGUUCUUCAUCCACAAUGCAUACAAAAAACACAUAUUCACUGUUGUCUGUGAUGAUCCAAUAGAGAUAAAUAGUGUAAAUGGGGGUGUUUGUGUGGCCCAGAUAAAGAAAAAAGAAUCCUCUACAUUUACUGAAGUCAUCUUUCAAUUUCCAAUGGACAUGGAGGCCAAGAUGAAAGCUGUAAUUUUAGGAGCCUUCCUCUAUUUGAAUUUCCAGCUUCAAAGGAUGUACAGUCAGACACACACAUCUUCAAACAGUGAUUGUGGGUGGGGUGAUAAUGACAUUAUCUCUUGGAAUAAUGAUGAUGAAUACCAAGGAGGUUGUGAUGAAAAUUAUAUAGGUGGAGGUGGUGGAACGGACUGUGUAGGUGAUUAUGAUUGUGGGGGUGGUGGAGAUGCCUGUGGGGAUAAUGGAUAUGACUGUGGGGGUGGUGGAGAUGACUGUGGGGGUGGUGGAGAUGCCUGUGGGGAUAAUGGAUAUGACUGUGGGGGUGGUGGAGAUGACUGUGGUGGGGGUGGAGAUUGUGGGGGUGGUGGAGAUGACUGA